AUGGAUUACAAGGCAGCACUGGUGAACGGAGUUGGUCCGGAUCCGGACUCCGAGAAAGAUUCCAAUUCUCGCUCAGAUGGCGUCACCAGCUAUAUCCGACAAGUCCCAGUCACAGUCCAGCGAAAACCGUUCCUUCAGCCAGAAGACGAUGUGAGGUUGCCGCAUGCUGGAACACCCAGAGCGAAUGUAGCUGCGACGUAUGAGCAGCCGCAAGGCUCGCAAGCAGGCAAUUGGGCAAAGGAGCACCAGAACCAGACUGUUCUUCAGCAGCACUGCGACUACUUUGAUCAAGACAAAGAUGGCAUCAUCUGGCCUCUCGACACAUUCAAAGGCUUCCGCGGCCUAGGCUGGAACCUCCUCCUCAGCCUCCUCGCCACCUUCAUCAUCCACAUCCCCUUUUCCUACCCGACCGUCAACGGCUACCUCCCCGACCCCUUCUUCCGCAUCUACCUCAAGAACAUCCACAAGACGAAGCACGGCAGCGACACGGGAACCUACGACAGCGAGGGCCGUUUCGUGCCCCAAAAGUUCGAGGACAUGUUCUCCAAGUACGCUGAUGACAAGGACUUUGUCACGCUGCGGGACGUGUGGAACCUGCUCAAGGGGCAGAGGGUGGUGGCCGAUCCGUUUGGUUACACGGCGGCGGCGCUUGAGUGGCUUGCGACAUAUAUCCUCCUGUGGCCGGGAGAUGGACGUAUGAAGAAGGAGGAGAUUCGGAAGCUCUACGACGGAAGUAUCUUCUAUGAGAUUGCCAAGGAGAAGAAGCACUCGGGCAAGCGAUAG